UAUGUAAAUAAGCACUGACGAUCUAUUCAUCCAUCCAAUGAUAGAUACCGUGGUAUGAAAAAGUUUGGGCACCCCUGAUCAUUUUCAUGAUUUUUCUUGAGAAAUCAUUGGUUGUUUGGAUCAGGCAUUUUUUUCCCCCUCCAAAUUGCAUUCUAUGACAUUGCAAUGUCGAUUUGCAUUCAAUUCAUUGUUCAGCCCUACUGAGUAUGUUGCAAAAUAGUGUCCAACAUAGCUGUAUAGAGCGCUUAUGAUGACGAGGACGAUGAUCGAGGUCUCUUCAAAGGACCAUCCCAAGACCUUACAAAGCAUCUCUGCCUAUUGCCCAAGUCACAGAGCCUUCUUCCUUUCCUUGACACAUCUUCCUACCAGCUGCCCGCCGCUCCUUUUGAAGCGUCAUCACCUCAGAAUGUGAUGAUGACACAGAGAGCGACGCCACCUCAUCACAAAAAGACCAAAAUACGCAUCGCCAUGAUGUCGGGCCAUCGGCCCUUUGCAGAGAAGGAGAGUGCCGGGGAGCUGAGUGUGCGCGAGCCCAAGAUGGAGGAGAACAUUGCCUCCUACCUGAAGUUUCUGGAGGGCAACUACCGCAAGAUGCUGAUUGAGAACUCGGAGCUGUCCAACACCAUGCGGGCCGGAGAGAAGACACAGGCGGAGCUGCGCAAGAGCAACCUGGAGCUGGAGCGCUUCAAGGUGGAGCUGCGCACCAUCAACGUGGAGCUGGAGAGCGUCCGAGUGGAGCUGCGCAAGACCAACCGCGAGCUGGACGAAAUCAAGGCCUCUAAGGAUGACCUGGCCACCGAGCUGGCCGAAAAGGAGGCCAGCUGGAGGCGUGAGAAGGAGGAGCUGCUCCAGGGCAGGGACGAAAGGCAGGAGGAUCCGGAGACCCUCGUGGACCCGGCUGGAGGAUGGACCGUGGCGGAGGAGAAGAACGAGAAGGAGGCGGUAGAGGAGGACGGCAAAGACUGCGAUGAGACACAGAAGGAGCCGGAGACCCAUCUGGACCUGGCUGGAGGAUGGAGGGUGGCUGAGGAAAAGGAGGUGAAGAUAAAAGAGAAAGAAGCGGUGGCGGAGGAUUAUGGCAAAGAGUGUUCCGAGAAGGAGAAGGACAAAGAACAGGAAGCGAAAGCUCAAAAGUAUGAGGAUAAAAACAGGGGGGAUAACACACAGGAGGAGCAGGAGGAGGAUGAGAAAUGCUGGGAAAGGGAGCAGAAGGAGCACAACGACCAGAGGGAGAAAAAUGAGAAUAAGGAGGAGGCCAAGGAGGAGGGUGCAAAGGAGGAAGAAAGCAACCAGGAGGAGGAUGAUGAUAGAGAGGAGGAGGUGAAAGGAAGGGAGGAGGAGAAAGACAACAAAAAGGAGAAAGGGAAGGAAAGGGUUGUGGAAGCGAACGGGACAGAUGAGGAGGAAGCCAGUGAAAAGGAAGAAACGGGACAGGAGAAGGAGGUCAAAGAGCAGGAAAAUAUGGAGGCCAAGGAGAAGGAAACCAACCGUGAUGAGAGGGAACAGAAACUGGGGGAGAAAGAGAGGGAAAAUGAGGAGAAGAAAGAAACCGACAGUGAUCAGAGGGAGCAGGAAGAAAUGGAAGAGGAGGAAAAGACCGAAAACAACCAAAAUCAGCUGACAGAGUGUGAGGAAGAAGUGAAAGGGAGGCACAAUCAGGAGAACGAGGAGAAGAAAGAAAGGGAGAGCGGAACCUCCGGUCACCGGACGCAGAAGGAGGUGAAGAAUGAGCGCACGCUGCAGAGCGGCGGUUUGAAGGAUUUAGAGGAAAAGGAGGACGGGGAGCAGCAAGAGGUGGUGAAAGGUGCUCUAAAUGAGGAUGAGAAGAUGACUCCAAGCAGCUGGAAGGAGGAGAAGGCACCCAGUUGGAAGGAGGAGAGAAAGGAGAUGAAGAAUGAAUGGGAAAGGAGAGACAAGGAGGAUAAAUUGGAGGAUGAGUGGAGGGAGAGGGUGAGCAAAAUGAAGGAUGAGUGGCGAGACAGAGAACGCAAGGAGGACGAGAGGAGCAAGGAGAAAGACCGGAAGCUGAAGGAGGACUGGGUGGAGAGGGAGAAGAAGGAGGAGGAGAAGAGGAAGGACCGGGAGAGGAGGCAGAAGGCCGAGUGGAAGGAGAGGGAGAAGCGGGAAGGUGAGAAAAGAAGGGAGAGGGAGAAGCUCAAGGCCGAGUGGAGGGUGAAGGAGAUGAAGGAGGAGGAGAGGCGCAAGGAAAGGGAGAAGAGGAAGGACGAGUGGUGGGACAGCGAGGAGGAGGAUCUGGGCGAGAGGAGGGGGGAGGAGAGGAGGGUGCGCGAGAGGAGGGAUAGGGAGGAGUGGAAGGAGAAGGAGAAGCUGCGGGCUGAGUGGAGGGAGCGAGAGAGGAGGGAGGAGGAGAAGAGGAAGGAGCGGGAGAGGAAGCUGAAGGCCGAGUGGGAGGAGAUGGAGAAGCGGGACAAGGAGAAGAGAAAGGAGAGGCAGAAGAAGGAGCAGAGGACGGUGCGAGAGAAGAGGAGGGAGGAGAGGAGGAGGGGAGCAGGAGGCGACGAGGCCAAGGAGAUGUCCUUCUUCGGGAGGGUCCUCAAUCUCGUCUGCUGUGGCGAGAGAGAACAAGACUGAAGGUCCGCCUCUUCAAAAUCAACGACCAAGCCCCAAAAUCGAUACGACUCCCGUUCCUCAAAAUCGAAAGAGAAAAAAAAAAAACCGAAUUAAAAAACAUUCCUCAGAGGCAAUGGGAUUCUUGUCCUCGCACCAACGACAAAACUCACAAAUCGACAAGAUUCGCGUUUCUUAAAAGCAACAGGAUUCUGGUCCUGGAAUAGAAGAACCGCUCCUCAAAACUCUCCAAAUCAACGGGAUUUGUGGACUGGUGCUGAACAAUGAAGCCCCCAAAUUAAACAUAUCCAGUCAAAAUCAAAUCGGAUUCUUCUCCUGGCAC